AUGUUCAUGUUCCUACAGGCUCACGCUUUUCUGGAGAUUGCAAGGAAUACGUGUGUUGAUGCUAUGUCUCUUCCAGUUCUUACAUCAUUAGAAGAUCUUCCAGCAGACCCACACUUGGAAAAUGAUGGACAGUGGUACUACUGUAGCGAUAGUCAAGUAAUGGCAGUGUCAGAGAGUCGUGUUCUUUCUGCUGAAGCAUAUAUACUUUUCUAUGAGCGGGUGCUGUGA